GCCGGGAAGGGUCGCUGUGGUCACCUUCCUGCGGCCGCAGCCAUGGCGGCUGAACCUCCGCCGCCGCUGGAGCCCAUCGUGGUGCCGGUGUUCAGGGAGGAGGGCUUCGGCGACAAGUUCCUGCGCAAGACCCGCGAGAACCCCCUGGUGCCCCUCGGCUGCCUCUGCACCGUCGGCUUCCUGACCUACGGGCUGAUCAACUUCAAGAGGGGCAACACCCGCAAGUCUCAGCUGAUGAUGCGGGGGCGUAUCCUGGCCCAGGGCCUAACCUUCGUUGCCCUCCUCGGGGGCAUAGCAGUCACAGCCAUGAAGUCUAGAAAGUGAAGUCAGGCGAGAGGGGAGCUGCGGGUGU